ACUCGAGGCCGAACUCUUCGCUCCAGUUAUUGCUGUCUAGUUGAGGCUCUUCCAAAUUGCGUGACCCAUUGUGCGCGCGCCUCUGUUUUCUAGGUAGUCGGGACAUCAACAAAUCUACUCGUCGCCACGCGCUUUUCCGUUCCCCAUGACAUUCCAGGAAGCCACCAGAACUCGAGGUAUUCGAGACGAUACCGCCCAGCCUUUGCAACCACUUCCGCCCUCUUUGCGCGAGUUGGGAGAAGUCACCCCGCCAAAGCAGCCAAAUGGGGCGCCGGUAGCAAAAGCAAACCCCACGUCUGGGAAGUCAUGGGCGCACUUUGUCGCUGGAGGUCUUGGAGGCAUGGCCUCUGCGACAUUGACGGCGCCACUCGAUGUUCUCAAGACCCGUCUUCAGUCGACAUUCUACCAACAACACCUUGCCGCCAUGCGUACUGCCCGAGGCUUACCCCCCAUUGAGACCAUGUCCUUCGCUCGCAGCUCGCUACUACACAUCCGGGAAACAGGAGAAAUAUUAUGGCAAGUUCCAAAGGCCGAGGGAUGGCGUGCGCUGUUUAAAGGCUUGGGCCCAAAUCUCGUCGGCGUAGUCCCCGCACGCGCAAUCAACUUUUUCGCUUACGGCAAUGGCAAGAGACUGAUUAGCACCCACUUUAACAACGGACAAGAAGCAGCCUGGGUUCAUCUCUGUAGUGCCGCAACUGCUGGAAUCGUGACUGGAACCGCAACAAAUCCCAUCUGGCUGGUCAAAACGAGAUUACAACUGGACAAAAACACACACUCAGACGGUCGUGGCCGACAGUACAAGAAUGCGUUCGACUGUACAAUGCAAACCAUACGCAAAGAGGGUGUUCGUGGACUAUAUCGUGGACUGACGGCCAGCUAUCUAGGUGUGACGGAGAGCACGCUGCAAUGGAUGCUCUACGAACAGAUGAAGCUCGGAUUAUCACGACGAGAAGCGCGCGUAGAGGCCAGUGGACGACCGCCGACAGUAUGGGAUCAAACGGUUGCAUGGACAGGCAAGCUGACUGCCGCUGGAUCGGCAAAGUUUGUCGCUGCACUAAUCACAUAUCCCCACGAAGUCAUCCGUACACGAUUAAGGCAAGCACCUAUGGAGGAUGGCCGACAGAAGUACACAGGUCUUGUCCAAUGCUUCCGACUGGUAUGGAAAGAAGAAGGCAUGGCAGCGCUUUACGGUGGUCUAGUCCCUCACAUGUUCCGUGUGGUACCCAGUGCCGCCAUCAUGUUUGGUACAUACGAGGGUGUACUGAAGUUUCUUGGGGAGAGCAGCAACAUGUGACGAGGGUUUGUUGUCAAGAUUACCUGAUGUCCACGAACUGUCGUCGUGGUUGUCAUGGCUAUAAUGUGUACAAGACUUGCAUAGGAACGGCGUUAUGAAAAGAAGGAGCUUUGGUUUGCAUAUAUGGCGUCUUUUAUCACCACUCAGCCGCAAUUGAGCUUGUACUUGUAUAUUUUGGGGAUAUGGGAAGAAGUACAUAGAUGCUGUACUGUACGAUGAUCCGAAAUGUGAAUUGCAGUAGAGUCUCGGCGUCGAUAUUUUCUACAUGAAUAUACCAUACAAAAAUGUCAUUAAAAAUGUUUCU